AUGGCUGCUGCUGGCGAUUCGAGCGAGUCACAAGUGAGUAAUGAACAGCAAGGCCAAGGACAGGGAGAGGAGGGUGCUGUGGUGAUUAAUAUUCGGUGCUCUAAUGGUACAAAAUUUACGGUGAGGACCAGCUUGGAAUCGGCGGUUGGCGUUUUCAAAUCGGUUUUGGCUCAAAAUUGUGAUGUCCCACCUGAUCAACAGAGGCUGAUUUAUAAAGGUCGGAUUUUGAAAGAUGACCAGACCCUUCUUAGCUAUGGCUUGCAAGCUGAUCACACCAUUCAUAUGGUUCGUGGUUUUGCUCCUGCUUCAUCGACUCCAGCUUCUGCUCCGUCGACUCCAGCUACUGCUCCUGCCACCCCCACCCCCACUGCUCCUGCCGCUGGUAAUGCUGGGAAUCCUGAUACUACAACAGGGGUUACACGUGGUGUUGGUUCCAAUGAAGGUGGGGCCUUUGGACUUGGAGGUGCUGGUCUUGGGGCAUCUUUGUUCCCUGGACUUGGCUCGCUAGGCAGCGAUGGUGGCGGCGGCGCAUCUGGUUUAUUUGGAGCUGGCCUUCCUGAAUUGGAACAAGUACAGCAACGUCUAACACAGAAUCCCAACAUGAUGAGGGAAAUAAUGAAUACACCUGCUAUGCAGAGCCUUAUGAAUAACCCCGAGUUAAUACGGUCCUUGAUGAUGAGCAAUCCUCAAAUGCGUGAGAUCAUGGACCGAAAUCCUGAGCUUGCACAUGUGCUUAAUGAUCCUAGUAUUCUUCGACAGACAUUAGAAGCUGCUAGAAACCCGGAGCUUAUGCGUGAGAUGAUGCGACACACUGACAGGGCUAUGAGUAAUAUUGAAUCAACUCCUGAAGGAUUUAACAUGCUCCGGCGAAUGUAUGAAAAUGUUCAAGAACCAUUUUUAAAUGCCACAACAAUGGGCGGAAAUUCUGGCAAUGAUUUGGGUUCAAAUCCAUUUGCAGCUCUCUUGGGGAACCAAGGUGGGACUCAAGUCAGGGAUGCAUCAAACAACCCUUCAACCACUGGUUCUGAAACAACUGCAGGGCUUACUGCACCUAAUACAAACCCACUGCCCAACCCUUGGAACAAUGCUGCUGGAGGAACCCAGACAAACAAUACUGCGAGGCCAAAUACAGCUGGGAAUGCUAGGGCAUCAGGUCUUGGUGGUUUGGGUCUGGGAGGGCUUGGUCUCCCAGGAAUGGACAACUUGUUCAAUGGCAUGCCUGAUUCAAAUCAAAUGAACCAAUUGUUGCAAAAUCCAGCUGUAUCACAGAUGAUGCAAAGCCUACUCUCCAAUCCUGAAUAUAUGAACCAGAUGCUCAACUUCAAUCCCCAGCUUCGUGGCAUGGUUGAUACAAAUCCUCAGUUGAGAGAGAUGAUGCAAAAUCCUGAGCUUCUUCGCCAAUUAACCUCUCCAGAAACAAUGCAGCAAAUGCUAGCUUUACAACAGUCACUUCUUCCACAGCUCCGACAGCAGUCAACCCAGGAAUCGGCACAGCCUGGCGCCCCUACAGGAACACCUAAUAAUGCUGGGCUGGAGAUGUUGAUGAACAUGUUUGGUGGUCUUGGAGCAGGCGGCUUAUCCGCACCUAACCAACCUAAUGUGCCCCCAGAAGAACUUUAUGCAACUCAACUAUCACAACUACAAGAGAUGGGUUUCUUUGAUACCCAAGAGAAUAUCAGGGCACUGCGUGCUACAGCUGGAAACGUACAUGCUGCAGUAGAGCGACUUCUGGGGAAUCUUGGCCAAUGA